AUGUGGACCCAGAGCGAGCCUCCGGAGUCGAAUGCAUGGGAAGAUAUUCUUACAGACGCCUUCAUGUUCGGCCUACGUACCAAGGAAGAAUUGCUCUUUCAAGCUGAUGUUGGCCACUGUGAGGAAUUGGGUAGCCGACUGGUUGAUGGCGCACCGGGCCGCCAGAACAUUGAGCUUUGGCUCAUCCUGUUGAGAACUCAGGCUCUUCAGAACGGCCACGAGGGUAUCAAGACUAUCUGGAAAGGCCUUCAAAUGCGUGGACCACUUGUCCAGUUGCAUGACGAUGAUCCACGAGUAAAUUCUCUCUGGAAUGUUUUCUUGGCCGCCGGAACAGCGGAUCCUCACUUUCUGAGAAUGGUGUGCACGAGAGCUCGAGAAAACAAAUUCGUUCGUCCAGCAAUAUUUACAGAGAUUGUAGGCGCCGCAUUGGAGGGUAUAAAGCCUGAAUAUGCCCUGAAGUUUGCAGAUUAUCUUUCGGAUUCAUUUCGAGGACGAGAUGACCUGAUUGCAAUCUUCUUGUCCGCUAGCAAGUCGGAUCACCCCGAUGCUCUAAAAGUUUUCUGCAAGGUCUAUGAUCGGGUCCCACAAAGUAAGAUAUAUUCGAGUGCUGUGCCUCUUUUGUGGGAACAGGACCGACCUUCUGAUGCAAUCUAUGUGCAUCUAUUUUUGUUAUCCAGAGGAGAUUUACCCGAUCGCUUUGAAUUGCUACAACCUUUCAUUCGCUACCUGAUCUCUCAAGAUCAAAGCGCGACUGCGUUCACCAAAGCUCUUACUGCCGCUGGGGCAUCUUUUGAAGCACAGAUCCGCCAUUUCUGGGCUACAGAAACGAGUAUACAGGCGGAUUAUCAGUCAAUAUCCCAAAACCUUGUGGCAAGUAAGCUCUCAAGACCGACACACCAAAAGCUUACCGAUCACUUCGUUGCACGAGCGUUCGCCACACGCGCAUUCUCGUUCGAGUUUGCCGUAAAUAACAUGCGAAUGCUAGGACUGGUGGAGGUUGGUCCUUUGGCAGUUCGAGAGAUGGCACUCUCUGCUCAUGACGCCAGCACAUUACGAGAACGAUUCCGAGUCUUUAGGGAACUUGGCAUUGAUACCGGGUCCUCGGUUUUUGUACGAACAAUACAGAAUGCGACCGAAGCUGGGCAGUGGGACAUCGUACAGUCACUUGCAAACUCCGACGUACAUCAUGAAGAUCUUGCUGAUCGAGUCCUUCAAGAACGUUUGUUGACACAGUAUUACCGUGAAAGCGAUUGGUUGCAGGUCAACAGAACGCUUGCAGUAAUCAACAUGGGGAGAUUCGGUGACCAAGACAAACAGCAGGCAAGGAGCAUACUGUUGCUGACUAUGCUGAGAGUAAAAGACUAUCAUGCUGCAAUUCAGCUCGUGUCAAACAUGAGGCAAAACGGCCAACAGCUCUAUGGAAGAGCCAUACCGCAGGAGAUCAGCAGUGCAGUACGUCAAUGGUACAGACAACCACCCCAUCAGAGGACCAAGUCCAGUGUCGAUCAACUUGCAUUCUUUAUCGGACUGCUGCAGGAUUUAGCCGCAUCCGGAACCUACAUAUCACUGGAAACUUGGCGAAUCCCAUUGAUCGCAUUGGCACAAGCGCACCGUCUCGAAUCAUUAGAGCGCUUAUCAAUCUGGAUAGCAGAAUGGUACCGACCAGGUGGUUUUCAUUCACAGUAUUGGAAAUUCCCACUCAGGGGUCCAUCCAGUGACAUAAAUAAACUCUGGUCAGCGGCUUUCCAGAGAAUGCUUGUCAGCUGGUGCUUCCGGAUACCGAAGGGGGGGAAAGCCCCCACUGCUGAGCGUUGCCUUCGGUGGGCGCCGAUUCUUAAAAGAUUGCGAGAUAAAUAUGGUGUUUCCGUGAACGAAGGUGAAAUCUGGUGGACUUUUGCUCGACGCCUACGAAAAAUAUUCUCAAUCUCAUCGUACUCUUUCAUUCGGCACCAGAAUCGUCGAAUGCGGUCCCAAAACCAAACACCUCUCUGGCAAUAUUGGCACAUGUACAAAGUGAUGUGGGAACCUGAACAAUUGAAACCCACUCCUGAUGGGACUGAGGCAGUGAUACGAGGCUUAUAUUCGACGAAUAGGGCUGAGCGGAAAUGGGAGCGCAAACGCCAACAUGCUCUUCGCUUCGAAGACACACAUAGUGCUGCAGCAAUUCGAGCUUCCUUGGCCGCCAAACAAGCACGACGGGAGGGGCAACGGGUUGAUAUUAAGGAGGGUGACACAAAAAGCACUAUCGCUUAUGGUAGAGUCAUCUAA